AUGUUCUCUAUGUCGCCAUGCGUGCUUACAGCCCUCCUUGCAGCAGCCGUCCUUGCGGUUUUGCCGCUUUCUAGCUUCGCUUCCCCUGAGUUGACUGAAGCCGACUUCAAGCGCAUGAAGAUCAAGGAACUCCGCAACUUUCUGGAGGAUCGCGGCCUCACGUGCCCAGGCUGCCAAGAAAAAGCUGAUUUUGUGCGCGUCGCCUUCACUAACCGUGCUAAGAAGCCUCUCAGCGAGGAGGGAAAGCGCGAGAUUCCCAAGGCUCCCCUUUGGGAGGUAUGGAGGGACAACGCCAAGUUAGUGUGCGAGGAGGCGGCAAAGAAGCGAGGGCUCGAUGUUACGGCCAAACCCCAGUCUGACAUUUGCAGCGCGGUUGCACUUGUGGUGGAGAACUUCUUCAUGCAACACGGCAAGCGCGUCGCCAACAAACUGCGCAAGAACCACGAGGCACUUCUCAAGACUUCCUACAAGAACGUGUAUUAUGAUGCUGGUCACGUACUCCUGAAGCGUCUAACGGAGUACUGCCUUGUGUCAGAGGAGAAUCAGAACAAAUGCAGCUCCAUCGGUUCCCUUACUACUAUGCUCGAGAGUGGUAAGAUGGUAGAUUUUGCGAAAUGGAUGACAAAUGUGGGUAUUGAGAACACGAACCCAAUGUACGAGGUGCUAGACGGCCGUGGCGAUCUUUGA